GUGAGGUGGAUGAUAUGAGAGGGGGAGCCGGCUGCAGAUGGUGUUCACUGAUGUGGCGGCUUGGAUCCAGGCUGGAGGACUACACGGUGAGCUGCAGCAGAGGGACUCACACAAGCUCUAAAGAUACUUCAAAACACGAAUGGAGGGUUUACGGAGCUUUUGAAGAUUGACUUUCUGGACAAAGAGCAGAGGGAGUGGACGCAGCAAGGACAAAAAAACCUACAACUAUGGUCAUUUGUAACACUGAAAGAGGCCACCAAUGACGAGCAGAUAUCUCUUUUCAUUUUGACACAUUUUUUGAGGAGCUUUUUUUAACAGAUUAAUAAUGGAUGCUCCCUCAGCUCCUCAGAUUACUGUGGACAAGUCUAAUGUCCUGGAGGAAGCAGAAUGUGGGAAAGAUCUGCCCACCGAUGACCAUCUCAUGAACUUGAAGGCCCUGACGGAGAAACUAAGACUGGAGACCAGGAGGCCUUCGUACCUAGAGUGGAAAGCCCGACUCGAGGCGGACAGUUUCAGAGAGUCUGGAACUGGAAAAGGCUCAAUCAAAUUGGAGCCUGAGGGGAAACUGGUCACCCCCAAAGAGACUGUGGUGAAGUCUGAUGUGAUUCAGCGCAAGUUGCCGUCGGGUGUACCGAAGGGAUUUGAGAACAUUGAUGAAGCGCUCAGCUGGCUGAGGAGAGAACUGACAGACAUGCGCUUGCAGGACCAGCAGCUGGCGAGGCAGCUCAUGCGGCUCCGCAAUGACAUCAACAAGCUGAAGAUAGAGCAGACGUGCCACCUGCAUCGCCGGAUGCUCAACGACGCCACCUUCGGCCUCGAGGAGCGGGACGAGCUGUCGGACCUGCUGUGCGAAUGUCCGGUCACCCCGGGGCUCGGCCUCUCUGCCCCACUGAGACUCAUCGGCGUCACCAAGAUGAACAUUAACUCUCGCCGCUUCUCGCUCUGCUAGUGGCCGUGAUGUCACUUCAGGGAGAGAACAAAGCUGCCUGUCUAAUACUACCUUUGCUCCAGUGCAACAUGACAGCCCUGGCCAUUUGUUAGAUUGUGGUGAAGUCUUACUGACCACAUCGUUGGGAGGAUGGCCCAGGAUGUAAACCCUGUUUUACUGCCUCUAUAAUUACAGAGAGAGAUUUAGGUAAUGUAUAUUAUUUAGGCACAAAAAUUUGAGUGUAGUAGGUACAUGUAUAGUGUGUUUGCCACUAAACUAUACAUGGCAGCUAUAUACAGAAACCUCUGUCUUAAAACCGCAGCACAUUUUAGACCUUUAGAGCAUCGUGACUUCAAACAGAAUACUUUUUAAACUCCAGUGAAACAAUCUCAGCUUAUUCCUGUCCACUUUUUUAAGCCUUAUCAGUCACACUGUUACAGUAACCCAAAAUGUUUCCAUAUACUGCUGCUUGUUUGUAGGGGCUUUCAUGGUUUCUGUCAAUAAGCCAAGAUUUAUUAAGGACAGAUUAAAUAUUUAAAUAAAUUCUUACUGCUUACAGACCUCUCUGUACACUCUUAGAAAUAAGGGUUUCAAAAGGGAUCUUCAUUAAGAGUUGCGACCCAGAACCAUACGCUCCUGUAAGGAAGGAAGAAAGAAAGAAAGAAACAUAAUUAUGUAGGUUUAUCUUCCAUUUUGAUAUGAGUCCACAACCGGUCCCACGGUGAUACUCCUUUCUCCUGAUCGCCAUUUAUUCUACUGAGCAUACAUUCAGAAGAUGCUAUUUCCACCAUUGCAUUAACACAUUCUUUCAAUUCCUGGGCCUUUGUUAUCUUCCAGUGUCUUAGGACAACUUGACAGACAGUUAUUAGACCCACAAUAAUAACAGAAAAUGGACACUUGGAUUUGUUUGGUAUUUGCGACCGAUCCCUCAGUAAACACAACUUUGGUUCUUCAUGAUUAUUCAAUAUUAAGCAAACUUUCAUUUGUCUUUUCUUCAAAUGUUUGUGUCCCUAUGUAUCAUUCUGUGUCCCCUCUCUAAAUUUGGAGGUUACUACGGGUUCGUGAUCACAGCACAAUCGCAGCUCUUCGUGAGUUAUUUUUUCGUCAGCAGCAGUUUUGACUCAGGAGUGGAUCAUUGAUCUGUCGAGUCGUUCAGAGCGUCAGAGAGGAGCAGCUGCUGCAAGUGAAGGCAUACUUUUAGACGCAGCAGAGUGAACAGUUGAGUUUCACUUUCAAUGCGCCUGAUGUUCUGCUGCUGCAUCUCUGCCCCAAGUGUGCUCUGCACCAUGACAGUGUGGUGCUAUACUUGAAACAUCUAGAUAGCACGGCUUAGGGUGUUUAGGGACAUAGAACAUCAGACACCCUCACCUGGGCGGCCCAGACGGGGUUGAUCAGUCACCAGCUUGUGUCCAAGUAGCACAGUAAACCAUGGAUCUGCCCUCUUGAUCCACAGCCACCUUGACGCCUCUUCUGCAGCCUCACUGAUGAUUCUGGUGGCCUUCCUCUCCUGCAACCCUCUGAUGCAAAGGAGCCUGAGUGCUUGGCACAGAUUGCCCUGUGUAACCCCUGUAGCCCACCUCGAUUGGCUCACAGCGGGCCCUCCAACCAAUCUCUCUACAGGCCUCUAACAGCUUAAGGUAUUGGCCUUAUUUUGCUCAUGGGCCUACAAGCACUCCUUGCUUUGUGGAGUCAGAUGUUCAGACCAAAUCUGGCCUUAGUGACGUCCUUGCAAUAUGCUCCAAAGCUUAAGCUGCCUCCCAAGGUCCACUUUCAACUGCCAGUCACGAGCUGAGGCUAGCAGCCCAGUUGAGACGGCUUGUUAGUAGCUGAUCGUAUACAGUACAGGCCAAAAGUUUGGACACACCUUCUCAUU